CCUCAAGCGUUCCUUUUCCUGCUUUGCCUGCUUUCAGUCUUUCAAUACCAUUGCUUGUGGCACUAAAUCCGCCUCUGUCGCUCUUUACCUUCGAAUCUAUAUAUCAUCAUGGGAGCUAACUUGUCAAAGGCACUCGGCAGAUUGUUCGGCAACAAGGAGAUGAGGUUGUUGAUGCUUGGCCUUGACGCUGCGGGGAAAACAAGUAAGCUCACUUUGUUGUUCUCUUGCCGUGUUGAACAUUGGGCCGCAGCUAUUCUUUACAAACUCAAAUUGAACCAGUCCGUGACCACCAUACCUACAGUCGGUUUCAAUGUGGAGACUGUCACCUACAAGAAUGUGAAGUUCAAUGUCUGGGAUGUUGGAGGCCAGGACAAGAUCCGACCGCUGUGGAGACAUUAUUACACAGGCACUCAAGGGCUUGUAUUCGUCGUCGACAGCCAAGACCGAGAGAGAAUCGAUGAAGCAAAGCAGGAAUUGCAUCGUAUACUGAGUGAUAGAGAGAUGAAGGAAUGUCUAUUGCUCGUGUUUUCGAACAAACAGGAUCUUCCCGGAGCUAUGUCACCUGCCGAGGUGACAGAAAAAUUGGGCCUCCACCGCAUGAGGGAUCGCUCUUGGUAUGUUCACCCAAGUUGUGCCACGACGGGUGAAGGAUUGUUCGAAGGUCUUCAAUGGCUGAAUCAGAACGUGAAGAAACGCCAGCCAUGAACGAUGCAGCAGAUACGCAAGACCUUGAUACCCCCGUCCAUACCGCCCUACUUCGAUCCAAGUCUGUCUUCGUCUCGUUGACAUCCACAUUAUGCUCUCUAUUAUGGCCUGCACGACUCUGCAUGUAUGACAUACUACCUAUUCUAUGUCUGAGCUUGUCCUCUUCAUUCAGCCCAGCCCUUUUUUCUUGCUCGGUUCUAGAUUCAUUUGAGCGCUUCUCUGUUCUUCAGGUGUCUUUACCUCUGCAUCUUAAUGGAUAGUUUUGCUCUUUUGAUGUGACGAAACAUUCCUCUUCAUACAUGAUUACCGUAUAAUUCGCCAUAUGGGCAUAGCGAGCAAUGAGGAUAUCGAUAACCCGCAUAUAAUUGGAUUCACUUGUCAAGUCUCACUAUUUAAUACUCAGGAUGUCAG